AAUUUAUAGAAGGAGUUUCUCAGUUUAGCGUUAAAGGAGACAAGGAAUCAAAACUUAAAUUUGCUUUUAGGAUUUAUGACAUGGAUAACGAUGGAUUGAUUUCUAHUGGAGAAUUAUUCCAAGUCUUGAAAAUGAUGGUUGGUAAUAAUUUGAAAGAAACACAGCUCCAGCAGAUAGUAGAUAAGACAAUACUAAAUGCUGACAAAGAUGGUGACGGCAAAAUCUGCUUUAGUGAAUUUUGUGCUAUUGUUGGAAACAUGGACGUUCACAAGAAAAUGGUUGUAGAUGUUUGAUUUUGUACAACAGAAGACUCUAGCUCUGUAUUAUUUAUUUAUAGUCUAAUUCCAUCAGGCAAGAACAAGCAAGGACAUGCUGCUUCAAUGUAAGAAUGUGCAUACAGUGCUAUGCAACAUGAAGCGACUACUGCAAUUGUUGCAAAAAAAAGGGGGGGGAGGGAAGGAACUCUUAAGACAGCUACUCAUUCUCUGUAACGUUAUUGUCUUCUGUUUUACUUUGUCUAUAAAAACUCGCCUAUAAAUUCAGAUGCAAAGUAUAAAUCUAAAAUCAAAUUUCAACACAAGCUGAGUUUGUAGGCUAGUUAAAAUGUGAAUGUGUUUUUAUAAGAAUGCAUUCUUUGCGACUUGUACUUGUAUCUYGUAAACAGCUUAUUUCCCAUAA